AUGGCAGAGGCUGCAGCUCUUCCUGCCGACGCGCACUUGGUGAUCAACGUGGAUAAGGCUUUGCAGAUCACCAGUGCAGAGGAGGCUCAGAAGCAAGGAGAAGCUUGGCUAAAAGCUGCUGUGCAGUCAGGAGAUCAUAGCCUGCGCUGCUUUGGGCUUUGUAAGGUGGCCGAGGCUCUUUGUCUUCAGAAAGACUUUGCCGCUGCCACAGAGAAGGUGAAGGCGGCUAGAGGUAUCGCGGAGGAGCAAAGCCUCGAAGAGGCCUUGGCCGUGGUGAAGCUUCAGACGGCGAGGAUCUGCGCGCAGCCUGGUGGAAAUUCCAACCAGGCGUUGGACAUGGCAGAGGAUGCGCUGCAGAGCUUUCAGCGGCUGCAGCUCUUCCGGGGCGAGGCCACCUGCCACCUGGCUCUUGGAGACAUGUAUGCUUCCUUGCAUGAGAAGGAUGAAGCCCUACGGCGUCACAAGCAGGCUCUGGCAUUCUUUCGACGGGUGGGCGAUACCAGUGCCAUUGGUGUGCUGCAACGGCGCAUCGCCCAGGACCACUUGGCCACUCCAGCCCGUCCGGGAGCUGCCAUCACGGCUGCACAGAAGGCAGUGGCGGCAUAUCAGGCCACCAAGGAGACAGCGCAAGAAGCUUCUUCCUGGAUAGUCUUGGCAGAGGCGCAAGGCCACGGCAAGGAUGCUAGUGCUGCCAAGGAAUCAAUUGGAAAGGCGCGUGAUCUCUUCUUCGCGCUCCAGGAUCCGGCCUCUGAGGCCAAGGCCAUGGAGGUUUUGGUGGAGAUCAAUUUGAGAAAUGACCUGCCUGUUGAAGCCGUCACCGCGGCGAAGGAGGUGGUCAGCAUUUUUCGGCAGGCAGGUGAUCAACGAGGAGAAGCGCUCGCUUUGCUGUCCGUCGCGCGGCUGCUGCUGGACUUGGAUCCCAGCAGCGCAAAGCGGCUCACCAAUGUAGCCCACGACAUGAUGAAGGGCCUCAGAAUGGAAGAGGUGAAGGAGUGCGAGCGCUUACAGGCGGAAUGUGAGCAUGGUGAGGCGGUGUCAAAAGUGCAGCAUGCCAUCUACAAGCAUCGAGACUUUUUGCACGUGCCACGUGUUCUCAUUGUGGACCCUGGAGGUCGCCAAAAACUCCAGCAGGACUUUGAAGACUUUGCGAAGGCAGUUUGA